AUGGAUGGUCACUUACCGUCAACUAUCCGAGAGGCUGAAGCCCUUGUCUUGGCCCUCUAUGAGCCCGCGUCUCCCGAGACCAUUGCUCGCAUCCAAGAGACACUACAUCGUCUACAGAGAGCACCGUCCGGCUGGUGGAUCGCCCGCGAACUCCUGAACCAUGCCGACGACAAGGUCAAGUUCUUCGGCGCGCUUACUCUCAUUAUCAAAUUGAACACCGAAAGUUCGUCUCUUUCCGAAAACGAUGCAUCCGAGUUGUUGCAAAACCUCGUCGGCUGGUUCGUCAAGUCACUCGACGAUGGAUCCGGUGCCAUGGUUGUCAGAAAACUGUCCUCCGCGUUGGUUACUUUUUUCCUCUACUUCCCUAGCCGUUGGGAGUGGUGCAUCCGCCAUCUAUGCUGCUCGCUGUCUGAGGGUGUGUCUGUACCACUUGAAAGUAUCGGACGUACUCUCGACCUAUCCAGUCUCCUCCAGACUGUCCAUCCACGCAAGUUGCAAGCCGCCCUCUGGUUUUCGGCAACGUUGGUCGACGAAGCGUCCAAAGUGGAAAUGAAUUCGGCAAAGCACUUGGGUUUGCACGAUACCCUCAUGCGCAAUGCGUCGGAUGCGUUGGCGGUAAUGUCACAUGGUUUGGGUCGUGACCCCUCCGCUGACACUGCGAGUAACGGUAUCCGGAAGGAUUCCAUUGCUUGUCUGCAGUCGUGGGUUUGGUUCUCCCAGCGAAUGUCAUCACAUGAUGAUCAUCUCGUCAACUCGCUCCGUAGUCUGGUACAGCCCACAAUCGCAGCCCUGGGCGACGAAGAGCUGUAUGAGGUUGCCGUGGAGCUUCUUUCCGACAUCAUGUCCAACUACUCGGGGUUCCUGACUGAGGACCAUUACGAGUCUCUCUUCUCUCUCUUUGAGACCCAGUGGUCUCGUGAACGCUACCAGCGUUUGGUCGAAGGUGACUUCGAUUUCGAUUCUGUUCAGUUUGGGCAACUCAUGAUUUCACUUGGUGACUCCAAGGUUCAGACUCUCAUUUACAGUGUGGAUGACCGCUCAAAUCGCUUCCUCGCGCGCCUGCGAGGUCUUCUAUCUGCCCAGGGCUACCCUGUUAACGAAGACAAAAUAUUCGUUCCAGCCCUGGAAUUUUGGUCCACCUACGUAGAGACUCUGACGGAUUGCAUCUAUUCCGAUUCGGAGUCCAAAGCUUGGGUAUCCUCGGCCACCUCUCAUGUUUUGGAGGCCAUUUCGAGUAUCUGGCGACGCGUUGCAUACCCGCCGCCAAAUGUCCUUGGUAGUUGGGACUCGACUGACAGGGCAGGCUUUGGUGACGCAAGGAAAGAUGUUGCUGACCUUCUUCAAUCAACGUUCACCGUCACAGGACCACCAUUGAUUUCGACUUUCGCGAAUCUGACUCUUCAAUCUUUGUCCCCCGAAUCCUGGACAGAUCUGGAGGCUGCAGCGUUCUGUCUGGGGUCUUUGGCAGACUGUGUUGCUGGCGAUGCCAGAUGUGAUGACACCCUCCGGGCCGUUUUCUUGUCGCCCCUCUUUGAGCUUCUCCAGACGUCGCGAGAAGUCAUGCCAGGCCGCGCUCGUCAAACCUGCAUUUCCUUGAUUGAGCGGUAUUCUGACUACUUCGAGCGGGAGACUCAAAGCCUCCCAGCGGCCUUGAACUUGCUUUUUUCGGUCCUGAACGACCCUCACCUGGCCGGGGCAGCUGCUAGGUCAAUUCAGAGGCUGUGCUUCUCAUCCCGAUCCAUUUUGGCAUCGGAGGCGAGGGCUUUCUUGAGUCAGUACCAAGCCAUCGCAUCACAGGGCCAGAUGGACUGUCUGGCCAGUGAGCGUAUCAUGGGAGCCAUCUCUGCUGUCAUACAGGCUGUGUCAGAGGAGAGUGAACGGCUAUGUCAUCUGGAGGUUCUGUUGGGGUUCGUGGAGCAUGAUGCUCGCAAGGCAGUCCAUCUGCUAUCCUUACCCGAAACCUCGCCCGAGAUCCAGGGUGGGCUGGACAUUCAUCGUUGCUCGACCCUGACCGAGCCAUCUGAGCUGCCUCUCCACGUUGCGCUGAAGGCAUUGAGAGGUCUCAUCAGCACCGGGAAAGGCCUACAAGCCCCGGGGGACCUACCCGUUGACUUGGAGAACGAGAAAGCUUAUGCGUUCAUCGACCAAGGCUCGAGGCUCGGUCAAAUACAAUCCAAGAUUAUGUCCCUCAUAGUGGAACUUCAGAGCUCCUUCCCACGAAGUGGAGAAGUAGCGGAGUGCAUUUGCAACAUCCUGAAGACAGGGUUUUCCGAGUCGGAACCUGCACCUUUCGUUUUCCCACCCCAAGUCGUUUGCGACUACCUAGCCCAGCAAACCUCUCACGGCCCUCGCAUCGGUUUGUUCGUGAGCACUGCUUGCUCGUUCCUCAGUUCUUUGAGGAGCCUGAAGCGGGACGAGGUGGAAACUAUCAGGACAAAGCUGCUCGGCUGGGUCAUCGGCCUCCUCCAGCAACUAUCUGAACCUGAAGACGACACCGAACUGGCGCAGAAUGGCAUCGAGUUUACAAAUCGCAUGAUUACGCGCGAACCGAUGGCGCUGUUCCGCCCUGAGUGUCUUCCGCUCGCAGAGUUCUUCUUCAUAUACUCUUUGAGAGUAUUGGAUGGGCGCGAACCGCUUCCAAAGGCGGCCGCAGCUGAGUUUUGGGCGACAUUUGUGUCCUUGAAGCAUGCAGACAGAGGAGCCCAAGAUACGAUAGACCACGCCAUUUCUCAACUAGGCCCUCUACUAGCCCAAUCUAUCGUUCGAAACAUUGGCGGGAAUGCUUCCAGAAGCGAGCUGGAUAGACUGAGUGAGCCUCUAAAGAAGAUGGUGAGCCACCAAGUCAAGGCUCGAGUAUGGCUUGAGCAGGCAUUGUUUGACCCGUCGUUCCCUGGGCAGCAGGUUUCUGCUGACGAAAAGGCGGUCUUCCUCAAGAAGGUCAUCAAGUGA